AAAUGUUCUAUGCCAAAAACUUAGCCCAUGCAAAUUUAAACGGUCAAAACUUCUUGCCACAAAUAUUCAACACGUUUCUCGCCCUGUGUAUGCCUCAAACCAGUCUUCCGAACAAAUGGAAUAUACCGGCCACAAAGCAUCGUACCCUACCGCCUCACCCUGGAAAGCAAGCCUAGCCGUUGGUAGCCACCCGCCUCGUCAUACCCCACGAAAUGAAGAUGCCAACCAAGCAAACUUCAUUGAUGGUUAUCCCUUUUCUGAGGCCGGGUCUAUGAGUUGUAUCAACCCUUCACAGCUAUCAAGAUCAUCCUCCGGAUUCGCCCUGCCUCAGGGCCCGGCAUGUAUGGAUAAUUUGGAACAUUUGAAUUAACGUUCCAAGCUCCGCGUAUGAUACUGGCCAUUUCUUCCCUGCGGUCCACUCUGCAUUUGAUCAGUACUCUUCGGGAUAUUCGCAUCAGUUCAUGUUUC